GUGAUGGCAAGAUGCGUGUCGGUCCAGAGAAAGUGGACAGUAGUAAGUCCGUUAUGGCUGAGGCGGACAGGAAGAUGCUGGACACUCUUGUAGAGGACAACUAUCACGACUCGAACCCCUACCACAACGCCCUACACGCUGCUGAUGUGGCUCAGGCUAUGCACUGUUUCCUGCAGGAGAAAGAGGUGCGGGCAUCCACGACUGACUUUGAGAAGAUGGUGGCGCUGGUAGCGUCCCUGACACACGACCUAGACCACCCAGGGGUCAACAACAGUUUCCUGGUCGUCACAGCCAAUCACCUAGCAUCUCUCUAUCAGGUGUGAGUUUAUUCGUCUGCUGAGAGUUUUAAUCUUGGCCACAGAUAUCACCAGGCAACAGGAGUUCCUGCUUAAAUUCAGUCGUUACAUUGAGAGCGGAGAGUUUGAGUACCGGCGAGUGGAGGAGCACAGGCACUUUAUGUUACAGAUGGCGCUCAAGUGUGCCGACAUCUCCAACCCAUGUCGGACCUGGCUGACCAGUCGUCGUUGGAGCAGGCGUGUUUGUCGAGAGUUCUUCACACAGGGUGACACGGAGCGGGCACUCAACCUCCCCGUGACUCCAUUGUGUGAUCGCCAUGGCAACACGGUGGCCAACAUACAGCAUGGGUUCAUGCAGUUCGUAGUGAGUCCAUUGUUCUCUGCUUGGGACCUGUUCCUGGGUUCUAAGCUCAGUGCUCAGUUGUUGGUCCACUUAAGGCAGAACCAAGCCAGCUGGCAGACAGUAAUGGACAAAGAGACAGAUGGACAAGAGCUGGACACUGACCAGGAAGGAGAUUUUGAGGAGGAGAUGGCUGUUGUGGAAGACAGGAAGAAGGAGAGGCGUUUGGAGAAGAGUGGGGAUGAGGUGUUUGAAGAGGGGAUAAGGGAGGAUGUUGCUCACCACACGGUGCAUGGCAGAUGUCUUUCACAACCAGAACUAGACCUUGAAGGAGCGAAGAGGGGAGUAGAGGAAGGAGGGAGUGCAGAGGAAGGAGGGAGUGAGGAAGACGACGUGGUUGAGAAUGACGUGAACUUACUGUAUCGGUACCCCACCACAGACUCGGAACUCAGCGAGCACAGUGUCCGUGGUUUGAGUCCCGCCAGCGAGGACAGUGAGCCUGCAGUCUGUCAGUCUACCUCCUCUAUCAGAGGCAGGCGUUACAGCGUGCCUUACAUCCGGAGGGACCUGUCCUUCUACCUGGGCCUGCGCCCUGGCUCACCGGGAGAUGCGGCUUUCCUCCGCCGUCAAAGUCUACCUGUCAGCGCUCUCUACCUCCGUGGCUUUAACACUUACACAGACAGUGGGCAGGUGGCGAGUAUUCCACAGUCUCACUGUUUAUCAAUGGAUGCACUUAUCGCUCGGCCCAAGAUCAGCAACCUGCGGCCGGGGAUGGAGGUGACUGUCCUUGACCCUGUGUCCUUCACUCCGCUAGGGAGGCAAACAUUGGUGCUCCAGGGUGGGUCUGUGAGCUCAGCACAGAGUAUAGAGGAGGAUGUCAGUGACACCAGUGGACAGCUGACGUCCAACCUCCCGACCCUUGACCUGAACAUUGCUCCCCAUAGACAGCAGGAGCUACGAGGCUUGUAUCCUGACCUUAACCUCAAUAUCAGGGAGGAGCCUGUUGGCCUGGCCUCCAGCUGGCCCAAUGUAGCACCACGUAGAACCACCACAAAUGGCUCAAUCCCACCUCGGACAGACACAUCAUUAGUGACACACGACCCGUCCUCACAAGUGAAACAUGUUGCACGUUCGGACGAUGUAGAGCUGGGUAUAGAAGGGGAGAAUAUCUCGUCUCAAAACCCAUCCAGUGUCACUAGCCAAGAACAUCUACCGCACAAAAACCACCACUUCCCCAGCAUCGCUCAACUCCCACCACAGCAGCAGCAGCAGCAAUGACUGCAUCGAGGCCCGCUCAACAUCAGUUCUGUCCCCUUAGCCGGUUGUCUUUCAGGACCAAUGCCCUCACACCCAUAGUGAUGAAAGUAUGACUUUGUACUGGUACAUGCUCUCAUAAACACUGGAGGCUACUGACACGUAGACUUACACUUUCAACCUCUAACCUCUGCUGUACAGGUCAGUUUCAUGUUACUACUAUUGUCAUCAAUUCCCACAUCCCAUCCCCCAAUCUGCUGAUAAAUCCCAACACUCCUGUCCCUCUCUACUGCUAUGGUACAAACAAAAGGACCUGAGAGAGAGAUAGAGAGAGUCAGAGAGAGAGAGGAGGCGAGAGGGAAAGAGAGAAAGCGA